UCUAACACGUGUCUCAGAAUUCCAACUCAUGAGCCUUUCAGAGGACCCAGACCUGCAGCCCACCCUGUUUGGAUGGUUCUGUCCAUGUACCUGGUCAUGGUGCUUGGGAACCUGCUCAUCAUCCUGGCCAUCAGCUCUGACUCCCACCUCCACACCCCCAUGUACUUCUUCCUCUCCAACCUGUCUUUUGUGGACAUCGGUUUCAUCUUGACCACAGUCCCAAAGAUGCUCUUGAACAUCCAAACUCACAAUAGAGUCAUUUCCUACAAGGGCUGCCUGACACAGAUAUCUCUUUCUGGCAUUUUUGUCUGUAUGGAUGACAUGCUUCUAACUGUGAUGGCCUAUGACCGGUUUGUGGCCAUCUAUCACCCCCUGCAUUAUACAGUCAUUAUGAACCCUCGUCUCUGUGGCUUCUUAACUUUGGUGUCAUUUUUGCUGAGUCUUUUGGACUCUCAGCUGCACAAUCUGAUGAUCUUACAAAUUACCAACUUCAAGAGUGUUGAAAUUUCCAGUUUCUUCUGUGACCCUUCUCAACUUCUGAAUCUUUCCUGUUCUGACAACUACUCUGAUAACAUUGUAAAGUAUUUUCUUGCUGCCAUAUAUGGCCUUUUCCCUAUCUCAGGGAUCUUUUUCUCUUACUAUAAGAUAAUUGCCUCCAUUCUGAGGAUUCCAUCCUCAGGCGGGAAGUACAAAGUUUUCUCCACCUGUGGCUCUCACCUGGCAGUUGUUUGCUUAUUUUAUGGAACAGUUGUUGGAGUGUACUUGAGUUCAGCUGUAUCACAUUCUCCCAGAAAGGGUGCAGUGGCCUCAGUGAUACAUACUGUGGUUACCCCCGUGCUGAACCCCUUCAUCUACAGCCUGGGGAACAGGGAUAUUAAAACUGCAUUUAGGAGAUUCCACAGCCGAAUUUUUCAAUCUUAGCAACUCUGCUGUUCAGUUGCAAUAUCUUGGAAAAUUCAGCAAAGCUAAAAGUUUGGCCCUGUUAAUGUGCCUUUUCAUAACAUAAAUAGUUUUAAUUUCUCACCAUGUUUUAUAGUAUAAUGGUUUCAGCCUAUGUUAAGGAUCAAGAUUUCUCUGCAUUAAGAUGACAAAUUUUGGAGAUGGAUGGUAGUUAGUUUCACAAGAAAACAAAUAACAAUAAAUGCCACUACACUAUGUACUUGACAAUGGUGAAAUUUGUAACUUCUUUUUAUAUACAUACCACAUAUUAAAAGUGACAAAGCCAAUGAGUUUUAAAAAUGAAAUUAAAAAGUUGCUGGGUACUGAGGUGCAUGCCUGUAAUCCCAGAGGCUCAGGAGGCUGAGGCAGGAGGGUGGAGAGUUCAACGACAGUCUCAGCAAUUUAGCGAGGCCUUAAAAAACUCAGUAAGAUCCUGUCUCUAAAUAAAAUACCAAAUGAGCUGGGAUGUUGCUCAGUGGGUAAGGGCCCCUGUGUUCAAUCCCUAGUAAAAGAAAAUAAAUUAAUACAGUGUUCUAUAGUUUUCAUUGCAAAGAUCCUUCAAUUUUUUUGAAUUGACUGAUUUGCAAGUAAUUUAUUGUUUUGAGGCUAUUGUGAAUGGGAUAGUUUUUCAAUUUCUUUCUCAGAAGAUUAGUCAUUGAAAUAUAGAAAUGUGAUUGAUUAAUGAGAGUUGUUCUUGUAUCAUGUUACCAUGCUGAAUUCAUUGACGAGCUCUAGAAACUUUCUUUUUGAGUUUUUGGGUCUUCUAAUUAUAGGAAACAUGUCAUCAGUGAAUAGAUAAUUUGAGCUCUUCUUUUCAUGUUUAUAUCCCUGUGGGUACAAGUGCAUGGAGUACUACAUACAUGGCAUACAUUAAGGGCA